AUGUACCUUCACUUAAUUACUUACGAAAAUCUGCCCUUAUGUUGGAAUUGUGGAGGAAGAAUGAAAAUGGUCCAUAUUUUUGAGAGUUGUGCCUUUUACAUCAGAAAGUUAAAUAAAAAUGCAAUACUGCAUGUUUUACAUAUUGACUUCACAACAACCAAUCAACCAUACUCUAAGGUAUUAAUUUAA